AUGGGACUGAAGCGACCUUUUGAUGCUGAAGAGAUGCAAGAGUGCAAUGCUAAGCAUGCGAGACAGCUUAGUUAUAGCCCAAAGCACCUGAACCAAUUUGACGAACCUCUUCCAUAUCAUGUUUCUCUGGAGAAAUCAGGUUCCUUAGUGGAGGAUCUGAGUGGUCUCUGUGAGAAGAACCAGACAUGGACCAAUGAUGCAAAUCAUGUCGAGAAGAAGGGUUUUGACUCACACGAACCGUUCUCGUGGAUCUUAACCGGUUUGUGUGAGGAUGAUGCGCAGACUCGGUCAUCUCUCUCUGAUCAAUCUUCUGGAUCAGAUGUCACCUGGAGACCACUUUCCCCAGUGGAGGAUGUUUAUACUUGUCUGAUGAAUCAUGCUCCUAGGAGACAAGUCCCUGUUGGGCCUAAUCACCAGGCUGAGAUCCCUGAAUGCGUCAAGGAAGUGAUUCUUGAUCCGUCAGAGGCUCGCGCUAAGGAUGAGUUGGAAAGAAAGCUGAUGGGGAAGUGCAUCGUACCAAUGCCUGACUCAGACGUGUGUGAGACUACUGGUCAAGGACGAAAGGAAUGUCUUUGCCCUGAUAAAGGAUCCGUCAGAUGCGUGCGGCGACAUCUCAUGGAAGCAAGAGAGAGCCUGAUCGAAACUAUUGGGUACGAAAGGUUUAUGGAGCUAGGGUUAUGUGAAAUGGGGGACGAAGUUACAAGCUUGUGGGGUGAAGACGAAGAAGAUCUCUUUCAUAAAGUUGUGUACUCCAACCCUGUUUCCCUGGGUCGUGAUUUCUGGAAGCAGCUAAAGGCGACGUUUCCUUCGAGAAACGUGAAGGAGCUUGUUAGCUACUACUUCAACGUCUUCAUCUUGCGGAGACGUGCAAUCCAGAACCGGUUUAAAACCCUAGACGUUGACAGUGACGACGACGAGUGGCAAGUAGAAUACGACGUUUUCUGCAGCGGCAAAACUUUAGAGGAGGAAGACGGCAACGGAAAAAGCUCCUCACAUGAAGAUAACGAGGAGGAAGAGGAAGAAGAAGAAGAAACCAACAGCAGCGAUGAUGAUGAUGAUGACGAUGAUGAAGAAGGAGAUUCACCAGUCAACGAUGCUCAUUGUGUAUAUAUGGAUAAGGUUUCAAGAGAUGGUGGUGCUGGUGAAGAGAUGAAUGUAGAAGACGACUCGUGUAUGUCCUUCGAGUUACAGGACUCCAAUGCGAUCUUCCCUCACAGCCCAAUUGGAAACAGAGAGUGCCACAGAUCUGGUGAUGAUUCGUAUUCAUUUGAUGAUGCUUGUGAUCGGAGACUCACAUCGGAUUGUUGGACCAAGAACAACGAUCUUCUUCCAACUUCGAACAUCAUCGAGGAGAUAUUUGGUCAGGACGAAUGGAGAGAGAAUGAUAGUGAUGAUGAUAACUCGAAGGGGAAGUAG